AUGUUUCGAAUUUUAUGUAUCACUCUUUUGGCGCUAAGUACAUUAUUGAUAAAUACGUCUGCCCAAGAAUACCUGCCUCCUAAAGUUGGGCUGAAGAAAUCUAUAGCAGAACCAACGCUGCCAGCCAAUUACGAUUUUGCGUACGACGUGCAAGAUAACGCAGUCAGCUUAGACUUCGGCCACAACGAGAAGAGGAAGGACGAUCACGCGUCCGGCUCCUACCACGUGCUUCUCCCCGACGGAAGGACGCAGCUCGUCGAGUACGAAGCCGGACCAGACGGAUACAAACCACAGGUAAUGUACAUGGGUACGGCCACGUUCCCGGCAGCAGGGUCCGGUGAUAAGUUUGAUGGUUACCAUUACAACGCGGCCUCGAAUCGCCAGAGCGUGAGGCAAAUAGCACCACGAACUCCGCGUCAGCCGUCUACCCAAGCACCCACCGCACAACAAUCGUCCAAUAACGCCACACAAUGA